AUGGUGUCGGAAACUAGGCCAAAAGAAAUGUUUGUUCAAGAGUCGCAAGGUACCGGACAAGGGGACCAAUAUAAUUCCGGAAAUAUGCAAGACGGUAGGGUCAAAGAAAGUUACUCAGAACCAGAAAAUGAAUUUGCGGAACACUUGAGUAAAAAUAAACAAUAUCCAUCGGACAGUGAUGAAAAAAAGGAGAAAACUCAAGGAAAGGAUGAGAACAGGUUGGAUAUGUUGAAAAAUAGACUGAAGUUUGAACAAAGUUUCUCCAAUCAGUGUGCUGGUGGGAAACUUUGGGUGCUUUGGGGAGGUGGCUUACAUAUCACAGUCACUAAUUUCAGCUCCCAACACAUCACCAUUUCUUUGGUUAUAAAUUCUCAACGUUAUUUCAUAUCAGUAGUUUAUGCUAGAUGUAGUUAUUUGGAAAGGCGAGAACUCUGGAGGUCGUUACAACUGGAUGCCGUGCAAGACACUCCUUGGCUAUGCCUUGGAGAUUUUAACAUUAUUCGCAUGGAGGAGGAGAGAAGAGGUGGGAGACCUCGUUUGAGGAUUGCUAUGGAUGAUUUUAAUGAGUUUAUUGAUACUUGUGGACUCAUGGAAAUGAAGUCAGUAGGAAGUAAAUUCUCUUGGUGCAAUGGCCAGAGGGGUCUCUCUAGAAGCUGGUCGAAGAUUGACAGAUGUAUGCUGAACUCACUGGCAACCAACUCUUUAACAGAUGCCUUUUGCAGGUACUUGGCUCGUACGACAUCUGACCACGCCCCAAUGUCUUUUUUUCUAAAUUCCCCUCAUACUCGGUAUGGCCCCACCCCCUUUAAGUUCCAACAAAUGUGGGCCUCUCAUGAGAACUUCAAAGAUGUGGUAAAAAAUGCGUGGAACGACCCAAUUGUGCCCAGGGGUAUUUACAGUUUGACUACCAAAAUUGAAGAAGGUGAAAGGGAUCUUAAAGGAAUGGAACCGGAUGAAUUGUUAGUUGCUAAAGAAAAUCUUGAUACAUGGCUUCAGAGAGAAGAGAUUAGACUAAAUCAACAGGCAAAACUUAACUGGACAGAAAAAGGGGAGGCAUCGGCACAAUUCUUCAGGACUUAUGUCUCACGAUCCAAGCCUGUAGUUCAGGAGAUGAGACUUCAGGAUGGUUCACAUUUGACCACCCCGGAAUCCAUCCAUUCAGGUGCGGUGGACUUCUUUAGCUCAUUUCUUCAAGCGAGACCUCAUAGAAAUCUCCUAGAUUUGUCAGCCUAUGUUCAGAUCACUAUUCUAGAGAAGGAGAAUGAUAGCCUCCUAAAGCUCCCUUCGAUCCAAGAGGUAAAAGAGGCUAUGUUUUCCAUUCCCGUAGAUAGUAAUCCUGGCCCUGAUGGGUUUGGCUCAGGAUUCUAUAGAGUGUGUUGGGAUUUGGUUGAAGCUGAUGUGGUGGCAGCAGUCAGAGACAUGUAUAGUGGGGUCCCAAUGCCAAGAUUCUACUCAGCUUCGUACAUCGCUCUCAUUCUGAAAAUGCAACAACCCACAGGUUUUGAUAAGUUUCGACCCAUAAGUUUGUGCUCGGUCAUUUACAAGGUAUUUGCAAAAAUUCUGGUGCGACGGAUGUCCCCUAUCCUAAGCAGAAUUAUAUCUCCUGAACAAGGGGCCUUCUUGCCAGGGAGAAGCAUCUUUGAAAACAUCACUUUGGCCCAAGAAAUGAUUCACAUGAUAAACAGAAAGGUCCGUGGGGGAAAUGUUCUCAUCAAAGUGGACAUAGCCAAAGCGUACGAUAGUCUUGACUGGGAUUUCUUAUUACAUGUCAUGACAUCUUUUGGCUUCUCAACCCGGUUCUGCGAAUUAAUCAGACAAUGUAUUUUGACCCCAUGGUUCUCGGUGGUUAUGAAUGGGUUGGCUAAAGGUUUCUUCCCCAGUGGUCGUGGAUUGCGCCAAGUGGUCUUUGCAAACGGGUGUAGAGCCUCCAUGCAAGCCAUUUCUGAUGUAUUUGCCUUGUAUGAAAGCUGGUCGGGUCAAGUGGUUAGUAAGGAGAAGUCAUCCAUUUUUUUCCCCAAGUAUGUCAACUCGGCCCGAAAAAGAAAUCUUCUUCAGUUGACCUCCUUCUCGGAAGGCCUAUUUCCGGUUAAAUAUCUGGGUGUCCCUCUCUUUAGUGGAAGGCUAAAGGUGUCUUAUUUUGAGGAUUUACUGAACCGUAUCCGUGAUCGUCUAGAGGGGUGGCAAAAUAGGCUCCUAUCAGCUAGUGCUCGUCUCCUUCCCCCCCUUCAAGUAAUCAUGAUUUGGAGUAAGAGGAUUAAGAAAUGA